AUUUCUCAGCUCAUCGAGCAUGUUUCGCAGCGCGAAGCCCAAGAAGAACAAGCGCCGACGCGUGGCCGAGGACGAAGACGAGCACAAUGAGGGCGAACGCGAUGUCAGCGGGGACGUGCCGGUGGUGGCUGUGUCAACAGACCGCCGCGCGAUCAACACCUUCUCGACUGGAGGCGUGAAGAAGGCCAAGAAUGUGGUGCAGACACGACUGAUUGAGUCCGAACGCGAGGUUGUGCCGCAGCAGUACGCGGGAGAUGCCACCUACGAGACUCAGAUCGAUACGGAGAAGGAUCGUGAUGCGCGUGCCAUAAUGGAGAGAAGUAUUAAGGCGAAUCAGGAUGGCAGUGCUGAUGCCGAUAGUGGAAAAGUGUAUCGUGGCCAAGCUGCCUACAAGAGUUACAUCACCAAGAAGGAAUCCCAGGUCGGCAUGAACAAAUACACAGGCACGCAAGGCCCCAUCCGAGCGCAGACCUGGGCACGCGCCAUCUCGCGGUUCGACUACCAGCCUGACGUGUGCAAGGAUUACAAGGAAACGGGAUUCUGCGGCUACGGUGACAGCUGCAAAUUCCUCCACGACCGUGGCGACUACAAGAGUGGAUGGCAGAUCGAGAAAGAGUACGCAGAGAAGGAAAAGAAGCGUCAAAAGCGGCUGCAAGAGGGGCGUGACCCCGAUGAAGAAAGUGAAGACGAAGAUAAAGCUGCGAUGAAGAAGAAAGAGGAUGAGCAGUUUGCAUGCACAAUCUGCCGUGGACCUUUCCGGAAUGCUAUUGAGACAAUUUGCGGUCACUUCUUUUGCGAAUCGUGCGCGCUGAAGAACUUCAAGAAAACGUCACGAUGCUUUAACUGCAAGAAACAAACCAAUGCCGCCUUCUGCCUCCAAGAUCGUCUUGGCGUACGGGUGGAACACAAUCCAUCCGACGAGGAAUGGGUUCAUUAG